CUAAUACUGUUGAGAAUUUUAACAAUAAUAAUAAUAAUAAUAAUAAUAAUAUGAAAUCUCGUCCCAUCCAUUGCUCCUUGAAAACCGUUUACGAGUCUGUUAUAAUUAUUAUUGUUAUAAUUGUACGACGGGUCGUCACCGAUCGAGUGGAACCGCUCACUAAAUCGUUAUUGCACCACUUCAUUCACCGUCCAUCGUCGCAUACAAUUGGGCGAUUGCAGUGAUUAAAUCUCGCGGUCGUCGGUAUCUUACGUUAUGGACACCACGUCAUCGAAUGUGUCCAGCGAUGUUUCUACAAUCAUGGACGUCGCCAACGUUCCCAAUAUCUUUAAUAUUUCGACCAAAAAGUAUUACCGGAAAACAGCUCAUAGAAUCUUCGUCAACCGAAGUUUACAUUUGGAGAACAUUAAAUUCUAUGGAUUCGAUAUGGAUUAUACGUUGGCCGAGUACAAGUCGCCGGCAUACGAAAGAUUGGGAUUCGCAUUGGCCGUCGAAAGGCUUGUAUCGCUCGGAUAUCCAACUCAGAUAUUGCAGUUCGAGUACGAUCCGACGUUCCCAGUUAGGGGCCUAUGGUUCGAUUCGUUGUACGGCACUUUACUUAAAGUGGACUCCUACGGUAACAUACUCGUAUGCAUGCAAGGUUUCGAGUUCUUGAAACAUUCUCAGAUGUAUGAGUUGUACCCCAACAAAUUUCUUCAGCUCGAUGAAUCCCGUGUCUAUGUGCUCAACACACUGUUCAACUUGCCCGAAACGUAUUUGCUGGCUUGCCUGAUCAACUAUUUCACUACGUCCCCUAACUACUCGAGAGAAAAUACCGGUGUUCGAAGUGGCGAUUUGUUGAUGUCAUUCAACUCAAUAUUUCAAGACGUGAGGAACGCCGUAGACUGGAUGCACGUACAUGGUGAUUUAAAAGAACGAACUAUCCAAAAUUUAUCGGAUUAUGUUAACAAAGAUCCGAGGCUACCAAUGUUUUUGGCUAGAAUCCGUCAAAGUGGUGCUAAAGUUUUUCUUUUGACCAAUAGCGAUUACUGGUUCACUAAUAUGAUAAUGACCUAUCUGUUCGAUUAUCCACAUGGCGCUUCGCCAAGCGAACCGCAUAGAGACUGGCAAACGUACUUCGACAUAGUAGUUGUGGAUGCAAGGAAACCAUUGUUUUUUAGCGAAGGAACGAUUUUGCGACAAGUAGACACUAAAACUGGUGCAUUGAAAAUGGGCACCCACAUUGGGCCUUUGUUAAAAGGUCAAGUUUACUCGGGAGGCUCUUGUGAUAUCUUCACAAAACUUAUCGGUGCCAAGGGCAAAGAUGUUUUGUACGUCGGCGAUCAUAUAUUCGGAGACAUUCUUAAGUCAAAAAAGAUACGUGGUUGGAGAACGUUUUUAGUCGUGCCCGAAUUAGUUCAAGAAUUGCACGUGUGGACUGAUAAAUGUCAGUUGUUUGCCGAAUUGCAAAAUUUUGAUAUAGCGUUAGGAAACAUGUACAAAAAUCUAGACAGUAGUACGAACGAAAAGCCUGAUAUUUCUAAGCUGAGAAUGGCAAUGCGUGACGUUACCCAUAAAAUGGAUUUGUCGUAUGGAAUGAUGGGAAGCCUUUUCCGUUCAGGAUCAAGGCAAACAUUUUUCUCGUCACAGGUCACGCGAUAUGCAGAUUUGUAUGCAGCGACAUUUUUAAAUCUAAUCUAUUAUCCAUUUUCCUAUAUGUUCCGAGCACCGGCUAUGCUGAUGCCACACGAAUCUACUGUAGCGCACGAACACGAACAGAGACUGAGCAAAGAAGAUAAUUCGAACACAACUUCACGAAAGACUGGUGAAGUGCGUAAUAACAUAGAUGAGACUCAGUCGCAGUUCUUCAAACAGGUGCCGUCCAAGGUAACGCAUACACACGACGAAGACUGUUCGGACGAAGAGGACGUACCGGGCGCUCCGGAUGCUGCCAAGUAAUUGAAAUUGACGACGGAAAAACACGACAAUAAAAUAAUGACGAUACUAAUAAUGUGUAAACUAUAUUAUUAUUUGUAUAUUUUUUUCAAUAGUUGUUUUC